AGAGAGGUUUGUUUCUUGUGCAGACAUUACAGAAAUACUUAGAUUUGUGUGUCUGCUUAUCAUUCUUCUGGUUUGUAUCUCUGGCAAGCAGUAGCUGCUUCACUUCAUGAAUAGUGUACUGCAUCAUGAAACUGGAGGUCCCAGAAAGUUUUGAAGAUGUUGCUGUUGAAUUUUCAAGGGAGGAGUGGGAGAUGCUGAGUGAAAAGGAGAAGAAGCUACACCAGGAAGUGAUGGUGCAGAACUUCGAUCACAUGAUAGAUGUUGGGUAUAAUAUCCCAGUGGACCACCUUUGGUCAUUUAUUUUCAAAGACAAGAUGCUUCCAUCUGAUAUUGGUGACAGAAGAAGGAAUUUGCAGCAAAAUCAGCUUCCUGGUAACAGAAUUAGCAACAACAGGGAUGCAGAUUUCUCUGAGAUCCAGAGUCUUCAGUCAUCCCACAAGAAAACCCAGGGUGCUGAAUUUAACAAAACUCUCUCAGGUAAGAUGUCAAUCACAAGGGAAAACGCAGUGCAUUCUGAAACCAGACAUAACUGCAAGGAAAGUGAUGAUGGAUUUAUAAAACUAAACAAACUAGAAACGCAUCUAAAAACUCCCAUGGAAAUGACAUGUAGUCAGCUUAAUCACAACAGUGUAACAUUCAAUAUUAAUGAUUUAACUGAUCAAUUAAAUCACAGUGGGAAAAGACAAAAUAAUACAAUGGCAUUACAUGAGCAGAUAUGCAAUAAAGAGAAGCUUUACAAAUGUGUCACAUGUGGCAAGAGUUUUAAAAGUAGAAAGACUAUAAAAGUACAUAUGAUAAUUCAUACAGGUCAGAAGCACUACAAAUGUACCAUGUGUGACAAGAGGUUUACACAGAGGAGUAAUAUGAUAGCUCAUCAAAGUACCCACAGUGGACAGAAGCCCUAUAAAUGCAGUGUGUGUGACAAGAGGUUUGCGUGGAAAGGACUAUGGUACUUCAUCAGCAUAUCCACAUGGGAACACAAACCUUAUAAAUGCAGCAUGUGUGACAAGAGUUUUGUAGAGAAGAGUAAUAUGAUAUCUCAUCAAAGGACACACAGUGGACAGAAGCCCUACAAAUGCAGUGUGUGUGACAAGAAUUUUACACAGAGGAGUAAUAUGAUAUCUCAUCAAAGUGGCCACCAUGGACAGAAGCCCCACCAAUGCAGUGUAUGUGACAAGAGGUUUACAAGAAAAAGGACUAUGGUACUUCAUCAGCAUAUCCACACAGGACACAGACCAUACCAAUGCACCAUGUGUGACAAGAGUUUUGCACAGAGGAGUAUUAUGAUAGCUCAUCAAAGGACCCACAGUGGACAGAAGCCCUACAAAUGCAGUGUGUGCAACAAGAGAUUUACACAGAGGAGUAAUAUGAUAUGUCAUCAGAGUACCCACAGUGGACAGAAGCCCUACCAAUGCAGUGUAUGUGGCAAGAGAUUUACACAGAGGAGUAAUAUGAUAUCUCAUCAAAGUACCCACAGUGGACAGAAGCCCUACCAAUGCAAUGUGUGUGAAAAGAGGUUUGCGUGGAAAAGGGCUAUGGUACUUCAUCAAUAUAUCCACACAGGACACAAACCCUACAAAUGCACCAUGUGUGACAAGAGUUUUGUACAGAAGAGUAUUAUGAUAUUUCAUCAAAGGACCCACAGUGGACAGAAGCCCCACAAAUGCAGUGUAUGUGACAAGAGGUUUACAAGGAGGAGUAAUAUGAUAUCUCAUCAAAGUACUCACAGUGGACAGAAGCCCUACCAAUGCAGUGUGUGCGAUAAGAAGUUUGCAUGGAAAAGGACUAUGGUACUUCAUCAACAUAGCCACACAGGACACAAACCUUACAAAUGCACCAUUUGUGAUAAGAGUUUUGCACAGAAGAGUCAGAUGGUACGUCAUCAGAGUACCCACACAGGACAGAAAAAAUACAAAUGUGCCAAAUGUGGUAAGAGUUUUAAGCAGAAGGGCAGUAUGUAUAGGCAUCAGAAUACGCACACGGGGCAGAAACCCUAUAAGUGCACCAUGUGUGACAAGACUUUUACACGGAAGGAUCACAUGGUAAACACCAACAUAUACACACUAGAGAGAAUCCCUAUAAAUGCACCAUUUAUGAAAAGAGUUUUGUACAGAAGAAUCAGAUGAUAAGUCAUCAAAGUAACCACAUGGGGCAGAAAAACUACAAAUGUGCCACAUGUGGUAAGAGUUUUAGGCACAAGAGUAGUAUGUAUAGGCAUCGGAAUAUACACAUGGGGCAGAAACCCUAUAAGUGCACCAUGUGUGAGAAAACUUUUACACUGAAAGGUAACAUGGUAAAACAUCAACAUAUACACACUGGAGAGAACUUUCUAUAGAAUGCCCUGAGGAAAUGGAAAACUAAGGAUGUACCGUCACUAUGGAAGAACAGGAGUUAAGAGAAGAGUUGCUUGAUUUAAUAGAGAAAGAUAUAUAUAUAUAUAUAUAUAUCAAGAUCAAUGAGAGAAAUAGACUGCAGAAGGUUAAUAAAACCCCAAAAAUCAGAAGCUUGAUAACACAAAUGAACCCAGUAAUUAGGGCUGUCCAUAGAGACCCAUGCAAUGUAACAGAAGUAAGCAGGAUAUAUUA